AACGAAAGUAAAAAUAUUCUGAAAAUAUCCGCCAUCUCAGAGGCUCAAACUGUCGUCAAACAAACACAAACAAACACGAUCUGAGGUCAGUUUCUCAUGAUGGAGAACAUUGAUUCUGAAAUGAUACAGAAGAAGAGAAAGAGUCAGAAAACAGCCUCAUCAUCUCCAGAACCCAGUGUUGUGUCUCUGAAGAGUAACAUGUCAUUGCCUAAUCCACCUGAUCUCAGUGAUGGACCAGUAUCAUCUGAACCUCUAUCAAAGCGUCAGAGAAGAGCUCGUGCAGAACCCAGUGUUGUGUCUCUGAAGAGUAACUUCUCCAUGGGUCAUCCACCUGAUCUCAGUGAUGGAUCAGUAUCUUCUGACUCUCUAUCAAACACUAGAGGUGAAGAUGAUGUGAGUGCAGACGUGCAGCAGGAUUCUCAUCAUGAAUCAGUGGAUGAUGUUCUGCAGAGAGUCAAAGACAAACACAAAAGCAUCAUGAAGAACAAGUAUGAGAAUUUAUUUGAGGGAAUCAAAGCACAAGAGAAUCAAACCCUCCUGAAGAGAAUCUACACACAGCUGUACAUCAUAGAGGGAGAGAGUGAAGGAGUGAAUGAAGAACAUGAGGUUUUACACAUGGAGAAAAAACACACAACACUACACUCACAAGACACUCCCAUCUACUGCAAUGACAUCUUUACACUUCAAUCACAUCAAACACACAAGAUCAAGAGUGUUCUUACUAAAGGCAUCGCUGGAAUUGGAAAAACAGUCUCUGUGCAGAAGGUCAUUCUGGAUUGGGCCGAGGGAACCGCCAAUCAGGACGUAGAUUUCAUGUUCCUGCUUCCGUUUCGAGAGCUGAACUUGAUUCGAGAGCAUCGCUACAGUCUUCACAAACUUCUGCUGGACUUUCAUCCUGAACUUCAAGAUGUGGACUCAAAGAUUUAUGAGGAGUGUAAAGUUGUGUUCAUCUUUGAUGGUCUGGAUGAAAGCAGAAUGACUCUGAUGUUUUCAGAACACAGUGAGAAAGUUUCUGAUGUGACUGACACUUCAUCAGUGGCUGUGUUGAUGUCAAACCUCAUGAAAGGAGAUCUGCUUCCCUCUGCUCUCAUCUGGAUCACCUCCAGACCAGCAGCAGCCCAUCAGAUCCCCUCCAAAUACAUCACGCGUGUGACAGAAAUCCAGGGAUUCAAUGAUCAUCAGAAGGAGGAAUACUUCAGGAAGAGAAUCAGUGAUGAACAUCAAGCCAGCAGAAUCAUGUCACACAUUAGAAGAGCAAGAAGCCUCCACAUCAUGUGUCACAUACCAGUCUUCUGUUGGAUCUCAUCCACUGUGCUUCAGAAGAUCCUGACACAAGAUCACAGUGAAGAAAUGCCCAAAACUCUGAGUGAAAUGUACAUCCACUUCCUGCUGAUUCAGAUGAAGAUGAAGAAUGAGAAGUAUGAUCCAGAGAGAGAUCCAGAGAUCAACAGAGAAGUGAUUGUGAAACUGGCUGAAGUGGCUUUCAAACAGCUGAUGAAGGGCAAUGUGAUGUUCUAUGAGGAGGAUCUGAGAGAGUGUGGGAUAGACAUCACUGACGCCUCGCUGUAUUCUGGCAUCUGUACUGAGAUCUUUAAGGAGGAAUCUGUCUUUCAUCAGAGGAAGAUCUACAGCUUCGUACAUCUCAGCUUUCAGGAGUUUCUCGCAGCGCUCUAUGUGUUUUACUGCUGUUUACUGAAGAAGAACACUGAAGAUCUGCAGAUGAUUCUGGAGGAGAGAUAUGAUAAUGAUGAAAUCUCUCUGUCUCAGCUACUAACAUCGGCAGUAGAUGAAGCUGUUGAGAGUAAAACUGGUCAUCUGGAUCUUUUCUUGAGAUUUCUACUGGGCAUCUCACUGGAGACCAAUCAAAGACUCUUACAGGAUCUACUGACACACACACACAACAGCUCAGAGGACAUCAACACAAUCACACAGCACAUUAAAGAUACCAUCAAGGGUGAUGAUGAUGAUGAUUAUGGUCUCUCAUCUGACAGAUCCAUCAAUCUGUUUCUGUGUCUGUCUGAAGUGAAUGAUCAGACUCUGUACAGAGAGAUUGAGGAGUUUGUGAGAUCAGACAAACACUCAGAGGAGAAAAUCUCUGCCGCUCAGUGUUCAGCGAUAGCAUACAUGCUUCAGAUGUCAGAGGAGGUGAUGGAUGAGUUUGAUCUGAAGAAAUACAACACAUCACAGGAGGGCAGAAGAAGACUCAUACCAGCUGUCAUCAACUGCACAAGAGCACUGUUUUCCGGGUGUGAUCUGACGGAUGAGUGUUGUGUAAGUUUGUCUUCAUGUCUACAAUCAUCGACGUCUCUGAGAGAGCUGGACCUGAGUAACAAUGAUCUGAAGGAUUCAGGAGUGAAGCUGAUCUCUGAUGCUCUCAAGACUCACAACUGUCAACUACACACACUGAGAUUGUCGUUGUGUAAUGUGACUGAAGAGUGUUGUGUAAGUUUGUCUUCAUGUCUACAAUCAUCAUCGUCUCUGAGAGAGCUGGACCUGAGUAACAAUGAUCUGAAGGAUUCAGGAGUGAAGCUGAUCUCUGAUGCUCUCAAGACUCACAACUGUCAACUACACACACUGAGAUUGUCGUUGUGUAAUGUGACUGAAGAGUGUUGUGUAAGUUUGUCUUCAUGUCUACAAUCAUCAUCGUCUCUGAGAGAGCUGGACCUGAGUAACAAUGAUCUGAAGGAUUCAGGAGUGAAGCUGAUCUCUGAUGCUCUCAACACUCACAACUGUCAACUACACACACUGAGGUUGUCAGGUUGUAUGGUGACAGAUGAAGGUUGUUGUUCUUUGGCUUCAGCUCUGAGUUCACAGUCGUCACACCUGAGAGAGCUGGAUCUGAGCUACAAUCACCCACAACACACAACACUUCAGCUGCUCUCUCACACACUCAAUGAUCCAAACUACACAAUCAAUGUGAGUCAUGGAGGAGAGAGAAGAAUUACAGCAGGACUACACAAGUAUGUCUGUGAUCUCACACUGGAUCUAAACACAACACACACACACAGAUUGAUUUAGUGAUUGUUGUGUUGUUGUGUUAUAAAUGUGUCUUCUUGUGUUCAGAUGUGUGUGAUCUCACACUGGAUCUAAACACAACACACACACACACACAGAUUGAUUUAGUGAUUGUUGUGUUGUUUUGUUAUAAAUGUGUCUUCUUGUGUUCAGAUGUCUGUGAUCUCACACUGGAUCUAAACACAACACACACACACACACACACACAGAUUGAUUUAGUGAUUGUUGUGUUGUUGUGUUAUAAAUGUGUCUUCUUGUGUUCAGAUGUCUGUGAUCUCACACUGGAUCUAAACACAACACACACACACACAGAUUGAUUUAGUGAUUGUUGUGUUGUUGUGUUAUAAAUGUGUCUUCUUGUGUUCAGAUGUCUGUGAUUUCACACUGGAUCUAAACACAACACACACACACACACACAGAUUGAUUUAGUGAUUGUUGUGUUGUUUUGUUAUAAAUGUGUCUUCUUGUGUUCAGAUGUCUGUGAUCUCACACUGGAUCUAAACACAACACACACACACACACAGAUUGAUUUAGUGAUUGUUGUGUUGUUUUGUUAUAAAUGUGUCUUCUUGUGUUCAGAUGUCUGUGAUCUCACACUGGAUCUAAACACAACACACACACACACACACACACACAGAUUGAUUUAGUGAUUGUUGUGUUGUUGUGUUAUAAAUGUGUCUUCUUGUGUUCAGAUGUCUGUGAUCUCACACUGGAUCUAAACACAACACACACACACACAGAUUGAUUUAGUGAUUGUUGUGUUGUUGUGUUAUAAAUGUGUCUUCUUGUGUUCAGAUGUCUGUGAUUUCACACUGGAUCUAAACACAACACACACACACACACACAGAUUGAUUUAGUGAUUGUUGUGUUGUUGUGUUAUAAAUGUGUCUUCUUGUGUUCAGAUGUCUGUGAUUUCACACUGGAUCUAAACACAACACACACACACACACACACACACACACACACACAGAUUGAUUUAGUGAUUGUUGUGUUGUUGUGUUAUAAAUGUGUCUUCUUGUGUUCAGAUGUCUGUGAUCUCACACUGGAUCUAAACACAACACACACACACACACACACACACAGAUUGAUUUAGUGAUUGUUGUGUUGUUGUGUUAUAAAUGUGUCUUCUUGUGUUCAGGGGUCUGUGAUCUCACACUGGAUCUAAACACAACACACACACACAGAUUGAUUUAAUGAUUGUUGUGUUGUUGUGUUAUA